AUGCGAAGCCUCUCGUUAGUCUAUCUGUUCUGGGCUUGUCGUGUAGCUGCUCUCAAUGGCAUCAAUAUUGAGCCGCCCAGCUGCGUCAAUCGAUGCAUGGUGGAUAGCAUGUUCAUCACCCAAUGCCAAGAUGUGGGCUGCCUCUGCCACGAGGAACAAUUUCAGAAGUCAUUAUUCCAGUGCCUCUACUCCCAAUGUGAUCCUCCUGACUAUGGUCCCGCCCUACUUUACAGCAUGAAGACUUGCAUUGCCUCGGGCGCCGACAUCAAUCUGGGCUUCACCAGCGCUACAGCCAAGGAGCAGCUCGAUGGCCGCGAAGUCGAGUAUCUCGAGGGCAGAGAAUUACCAGAAGUUCCAGGCCUCCAGUUGAGACAAGACAGUGCUGGCCCGAAUACUGUCACGGCUUGGGCAACGACGACCAUCACUAUGACCAUUACAACUAAUGGUGUUCCAAUGCCUGUCACAACCGUCACACCAUUUCCUGCGCCCUUCCCUGGCGCCAGCGGCCAAGCCGGCAACAUACCCGGCCAGGCCCAGGGCCCUGUGACUUCUGCGCCCGAGCCUGUUGGUCCAGAACCAUCGGCCACGAAACCCUGGAUGGUGACUGUCAACGAGACAUCGAAGCUCCGGCCUUUGAAUUGGAGCCUUCUACUCUGGACUGCUGGUUUAUUAGCAAUGAGUUAUCUCUGCGGAUAUUGGGGAUUCUAG